UCAGUUUCAUCCUUGGCCCUGGCCUUUCCAUCAUCGUCUUCUUCACCUUCCGAAUCGGAUUCUCGUCGCCGGCGACCAUUCUCCGAUCGCCCAUCCUCGCUCCUGCUGCUCCGACACAGACACCCACAUGGAGCUGGCUUUCGACGAGAAGGACUUCUUAGCUUGCUGCGGAAGCACCAGGUUCGCCACUGAAAUGGCGAAAGCUUCCCCCUUCCCCUCUUUCCAAGCUGCCGUUCCCGCCGCCAGAGACAUCUGGUUCAACAAAGUUGACGUGAACGGUUGGCUCGAAGCUUUCUCGGCCCACCCGCAGAUCGGAGAGACCAAAUCGGUGGCUUCUGGGAAAAGUGACACCAGUGCUCAGUGGAGUAAAGGAGAGCAAUCUACAGCUUUGGCAACUGCCACUGGUUCUAGCUUACAGGAAUUAUCUGACUGGAAUGUACGAUAUAAGCAGAAGUUUGGAUUUAUUUUUAUUAUUUGUGCUUCUGGAAGGACAAGUCCCGAAAUACUUGCAGAGCUGAAGAAACGCUACUCUAAUAGGCCCAUAGAGGAGUUUCAGAUUGCAGCUGAAGAGCAGAUGAAAGUAACUGAAUUACGUCUUGCAAAGCUCUUUUCAGCCAGAGAACACAUGGCUUCAACUGGUGAUCAGGGUCCUGCAGGACUAGGAAAGAAAGCUGAAGAAGAUCGCGUGAGCAUUAUUGGAGGACAUCUCACGGCUAUUUCAGAAGUUUCUUCCAACAAAAUGCCACAAAGGACAGCUCGAUCUCGUCCACCGAUAACAACGCAUGUCUUGGAUGUCUCUCAAGGAUGCCCAGCCUCAGGCAUGGAUGUCCGCUUAGAGAUGUGGAGGGGCAACCAACCCCGCCCGUUGUUUGGCGAAGCAGAAGUUGGUGGUUGGAUACUUCAAGGGGUCUCAAGUACAGAUAAAGAUGGCCGAAGCGGUCAGCUGAUGGACAUCGUCAAUGAGAUCACUCCAGGACUAUACAGGAUCAGUUUCAACACGAGUAAGUACUGCCCCAGCGGGUUCUUCCCUUAUGUUUCUAUCGUUUUCGAAAUCAGAGAGACACAGAAGCAGGAUCAUUUUCAUGUUCCUCUUCUAUUUUCUCCAUUCUCAUUCACCACCUACCGAGGCAGCUGAAACAUCCAAUUAUACUGGUUCAAUAUGCCAAAUAUAUUGGCACUCAGUGUUGCUCUUUUUGUUCAGUUAUCUGAGAAUGGGUGAUGUGUCAUUUAUGACAUAUAUUGAGUCAAUGUGUUUAGUCUUGUAUAUAUUUAAUCUUGAUCUUUCUA